CAGAAGAACAAACUCUUGUAGAGUUGUAGCAGUUCAAGAUUCUGUAAUCAAACCCAACAAAUAUCGUAUUGGAAUUUCCCAAAUCCAUAUCUUCUCCAACUUUCGAGGCAAAAAAACAAACAUUAAUAAUUAACAUUUCUCGUGAUCUUCUCAUUCACUCUACUCACUUUUUCCACUUUCUUCAUCAUCAUCACCCACUUCCCUUCUUCUUCAAUCUUCAAUGGCAGCACCUAAAUUAGGAUCAUUCCGCUACAGUUUUGCAGAGAGAAGGGAGAAGAAAAACCUUUCAAAAGGGUACUCUUAUCUGGGUAUACCCUUCUUAGAUGACCCACUUGAAGAUGAAGAACAAGAACAAGAUAGAAAUUGUUUCUCUUCGCUACGGAAAAAAAUUGGUAAUUGGGGAAAUGGGUUUCGAGAAUUUGUGAUAAAGGCGGUUCAAAUGGGGAAAUCGGAUCCUAGGAAGGUUGUUUUUUCCGCGAAGAUGGGACUUGCUUUGACGCUUCUCUCUUUUCUUAUUUUCUUGAAGAAGCCUUUUGAAGAUCUUGGCCGUUACUCUGUUUGGGCUAUUCUAACUGUCGUUGUCGUCUUCGAAUUUAGUAUUGGAGCAACUCUUAGCAAAGGAUUCAACCGUGGAUUAGGGACAUUAUCCGCUGGAGGACUUGCUUUGGGCAUGGCGAUGUUGUCGACGUUAGCUGGAGAUUGGGAAGAACUUGUAAUUAUCAUUAGCAUCUUUAUCAUAGGAUUUAUUGCCACAUAUUUAAAACUGUAUCCUACAAUGAAGCCUUAUGAGUAUGGGUUCAGAGUAUUCCUGUUGACGUAUUGCUUCAUCAUGGUAUCUGGGUAUAGAACAAGAGAAUUUGUCAAUACAGCUGCUACUAGAUUCAUACUUAUUGCGUUGGGUGCUGCUGUUGCCUUGUUGAUAAACACUUGCAUUUACCCAAUAUGGGCUGGAGAGGAUUUGCACAGCUUGGUAGUGAAGAACUUUAUGAAUGUUGCAGUUUCUUUAGAAGGUGUUGUGGGUGGGUAUCUUAGCUGUGUUGAAUAUGCUCGAGUCCCUUCAAAAAUUCUAACUUUUCAAGCUUCUGAUGAUCCACUUUAUAGUGGGUAUAGAUCAGCUGUAGAUUCAGCAAGUCAAGAGGAAACUUUGGUAGGUUUUGCUAUUUGGGAACCGCCUCAUGGUCCUUACAAAAUGCUUACAUAUCCAUGGAAGUCCUAUACCAAAGUUAGCGGAGCUCUGAGGCAUUGUGCGUUCAUGGUCAUGGCCAUGCAUGGAUGUAUUCUUUCAGAGAUUCAGGCGCCUGCUGAAAGAAGACAGGUUUUCCGUAGUGAGCUUCAAAAACUAGGUAACGAAGGUGCAAAAGUGUUGCGUGAACUGGGAAACAAAAUAAAAAGGAUGGAAAAGUUAGGUCCAGAAGAAGAUUUACUAUACGAAGUAGAUGAGGCAGUAGAAGCAUUACAAACAAGGAUUGACAAAAAAUCAUAUCUCCUUGUGAAUUCAGAGUUUUGGGAGAUUGGAAGUCCCCAACAACAUAAUCCUGGGCAAACUCAACAAGAUCUUCUGACAGCAGAUGAUCAUGAAAGUUCAAUUCCAGAAGUGAAGUCAGUAAGUGACCUUGAAGCACUACAUAGUCUUGCAACCCUUAAUGGUGAAAAUAACCAUGGAAAUCACCGGAAGCAGGCUUCUUUACCUGCUCCGUUGUUAUCCUUUGGUGAUAACAAGGAACCAAAUCUAGAUCAUGAAUCAAAGACUUUUGAGAGUGCAAGUGCUUUAUCUUUAGCAACUUUUGCUUCGCUUCUGGUUGAAUUUGUUGCCAGGCUUCAAAACCUUGUUGAAGCAUUUAAAGAACUAAGUGAGAAAGCCAAUUUUAAGGAACCUGUUCAUUAUCAACCACCAGAAAUACUAGUGGCUGCUACUUGACUUGAAUCUUGAAUUUCAGUUACUUUCUGAAUAUUAUGGUAUGAAGAAGAAAAACCUCGCAAAGGCACGGAUUGUAAAUAGUUAUGAGCAAUGUGAAGCCACUCUUUUGUCUACUCAGGCGGUGAAGUUAGAGAUGUUGCGGCUGCAGCACGUGCUUGGCAAGUAUGUCUGCAACAAUGAAUGUUAUAUUGGCAUGAUGGUUUUCAGUUACAGUUUCAAUCAUGAAUAGUGAAGCCAAAGAUAUGCUUCUUGUAAUUGAGAGCAGCAUUUGGUUUUGAUAAUCUAACAAAAAUGUAUAACUCAGAUGCACAUUCAUGAUGGAAACGUAGGUUCUUAUUUCCAUCUAAUGCAUUAAUCAAAUGUAUACAUGUCAUUUCGAAUUUUCGAUUAUUGCGGAACUAAA